AGAUUCCUCACCGGGCCUGGGAGACGUGGUGCUGGUCGAUCUGUCACCCGAAGUGAAGGACCUCCGCUGGUCUGCUUCAUCCGGUUUAUAGUAUACAGAAAAAAAAAGCAUCCAUCUCUGGCCUGCAAGAUAACCAUGUCGAUGGCCACUUACGCCACUCCAAACUCUCCGCCAGAACUGUCCGGCUCCAAGUCCUCCAAAUCGUCGUCCUUCCAUACCUCCUCUCACCCCGACGGCCCCGACGUCGACUUUGCGGAUGUCUCCAACUUUGAGGAUAUCGGCCUUGCAGAUGACCCAGAACUACCCUAUCCUGAUGCAUACGCAUACCCUCGACCGGGGAUGCGGUCCUCGAGUCGGACGCGUCUCCCUACCCGCAUUCAUACAAUGCCAGCCAAGUCUGCGAGAGAUUUGACCCCAGGCCUGAAGAAGCGCGCCGAUCCUCCGCCAUUGAGGAAUCAGCCCACGGGGCCAGGGGCCCAGCAGACGCUGGAGCCCAAGACGAGAGGCAGCCGGAGAGCCUUGACCAGAAAUGCGUCGAGUCCCUCCUUACCCCUUCGGCCAUCGGAACGCCAACGAUCUCGCUCGCCUUCUCCCAGCCAGCCUUCGUCUGCAAUUUCUCCAUCGCCCUCCGGCGGCAACACCACCCUGUCGCCGCAGACGGCGCGGGGGCUCACCCGCAAGGCGUCCUGGCAGUCGACUCGCAAGUCGGUCAAGGAGCUGGAGGAUGAAUACAAUGAUUCGGACGACGAGCUUCCCGAUGAUGCCAGCCUGUGGAACGUUCCCAUUUCUCCCAGACCGCCUCAGGACCGUCCGUCCUCUCGGACGGGCAGCCCGGAGCGAAGGAGUCCAAGGCCGCAGCCUCUGGAGCAUGCAAUCUCUGCUCCUGCAGGACCCUUGUCUCCUCAACGACACUCCCGGAGAUCGCCUAGGACGUCUCCGCAUGCGGGCAGGGCAAGGCCAAAGCCCGUCAGAUCCGCGUCCGCUGGGCCUGAGAGGGGCCAGAUUACGCCGCGCAAUCCAAGAACCUAUUCCUACAAUCUCGCGAUGGCCGAGUUGUCGGAAGAAGUCAAGGUCUUGACAGAAGCGCUGGAACUCCACGCCGACGAUACGGAGCGAAAACGAGAAGAGAAGCUCCAGAGCGGCAAGUCCUCCCGCCGCUCGAGUAUGGACUCGAAGCGGGGAUCAGGCAGCAUUCCCGAUCUCCCCCCAUUGCAGAAAUCGAACAUUAUGAUCGACCCCUUGCCCGUGAGCAAGGAGAAGGAAAAGGUUCUGAGCCGCACUCGUCCCAGCUGGCUGCCGCCAAAAGACCCGAAAGAAGAACAGAGGCACCUCAGAGAGUAUAAAAAGAUGAUGGCCCAAGCACGGGAAGCGGGUUCGUCCAUUGUCUGA